AUGAAUUCGAAAAAGAAGGACACUGGUUCCACAGAUAGAAUCAGCAAUCUACCAGAAGCUUUGAUUUGCCACAUAUUGUCAUUUCUUCCCACAGAAGAUUCUGCUUGGACUUCACUCCUCUCGAGAAAGUGGCGUUAUCUGUUUGCUUACAGCCCAAAUCUUAAUUUCGAUGCCUCCGUAAAACGUUUUCACCCUGGAACGUCUCGCAGAGUGAGGACUCUUAUUCUGAGUGUUCUCACGUCUUUCGUUGACAGAGUUUUGGUUUGGCGAGGAGAUGCUGCUGUCAACAAGUUCUCUCUAAAGUGUGGACAGGGCGUUGAUCAAGAACGCGUCAAUCAUUGGAUACUAAAUGUGUUGGAGCGUGGGGUUUCGGAUCUUGAUUUACACGUUACUCUAGAUGGAGGUCCUCUUCCUGCAAAGGUCUUUGAGAGCAAGUCACUCGUUAGGCUGAGGAUAGAAUCUGAAAAUAUUCACGGCGUUGAUGUGAAAGAUGUUCUUCUUCCAAAGCUCAAGACUCUUUACCUUAACAGAGUUAUGUUAGGAGAAGCUGAAGAUUGGUUUGAGAAGCUUCUCUCAGGUUGUCAUGUCCUCGAGGAAUUAGCUCUGAUCAAUGUCUACUCUGAUAUUUGGAAACGCUCUGUGUCUUCCAAAACCAUCAAGAGACUAACUCUAUCUUGUGCAGACUGUGAUAACAUUCCGGAUACUGUUUGGUUCGAUACGCCCAACGUUGUCUACUUGGAUUACAGUGAUUACGUGGGGGUCAAGUAUACGAAAGUGAAUUUUGGCUCGCUUGUUGAAGCUAGAAUCGAUCUGAAAAUGAAUAGUGAUCAGCGUGCACAUGCAGUCUUUGGACAUUUGGUCGGCAAUGCAAGAGACUUUCUCAUGGGAAUAUGCAAUGUUCAGACUCUUUACUUAUCUGCCCACACUCUUGAGGUUCUUACUUUCUGCUGUGAAUCAACGCCGGUAUUCAAGAACCUGAUUCAUUUAACUAUUCAGGGUGACAAAACAGGAUGGGAAUCAUUGCCGGCUUUACUCAAGAACUGUCCAAAUCUUGAAACCCUUGUCUUCCAAGGACUCCGCCACAGGUAUAGAAUCAACUGUGAGGAUGUUAACGGGUGCAUAUGCAACUUCUCAGGGGGGAUUCCUGCUUGCUUAUCAUCAAGUCCGGUCAAGGUUUUGAAGAUUAUGAGGUUUGGUGUAUAUGAUGGUAUAGAGAAUCAGAUGGAGCAGAUCAAGCAUUUCCUGGAGACAAUGCCGCGUCUUGAGAAGCUGACAAUAUACUACGAAUCUACGAUACAUCAGUUGAUGAUGAUGUGA